AAGCAAUCGUUUCUCCUCUCUGCAUUCUUGCAGCCAUUGAGAACUACUGUGUGAGCUGUGAUUGGUCACAGCUUGUCACAUGUACAUGGGCCUUGUACCAUGUGACCUCUGUGAUCAUUCACAGAUUUCACACGUAGUAAGCAAUGAUGUCAGAAGUGACAUCUUACAUAUUACUCUGCAUGUGAUCACUGAUUGGACAAUCAGUGAUCACAUGAUCGGGACCUCACACAGGAGGUCCCAUACGACGUCCCAGGGGUGCUGUGCACACAGUCCAAAAUGGCGGGCACAGUUUAUG